CCCUGUCCCGGAAAAGCGUAGCGUCCCUCCAGGCCCCAAAGAACGGCGCCCGGGCUCCUACGGGCUAGGCCCCGGUGUCGCCUGAGCGACGGGCGGCGCAGCGAGGCGAGCUCCCAGAGUGCCCCGGUGGAUAGAGGCGCGGGGAUAGAGCGGCGCCGAGGAAAGGCAGGAAGAAAGGCCGGAGACUACCACUCCCAGCGUGCACCGGGGGGCGCGGGCCCGAUCAGCUGGGCAAGCCGGGCGCUGGAGUCUCCCCCGUCUCCCUUCCUGAGCGCGGAGAGGCGGCCAUGCUGCGCCCGAAGGCCUUGACGCAGGUGCUGAGCCAGGCCAACACGGGAGGCGUCCAGAGCACUUUGCUUCUGAACAACGAGGGCUCCCUUCUUGCUUAUUCCGGUUACGGAGACACAGAUGCCAGAGUCACAGCUGCCAUAGCCAGCAAUAUAUGGGUGGCCUACGACAAGAAUGGGCAUCAAGCGUUCAAUGAGGACAACUUGAAGUUCAUUCUGAUGGACUGCAUGGAGGGCCGCGUGGCAAUCACCAGAGUGGCUAACCUGCUGCUGUGCAUGUAUGCAAAGGAGACGGUGGGCUUUGGCAUGUUGAAAGCGAAGGCUCAGGCCCUGGUGCAGUACCUCGAGGAACCCCUGACCCAGGUGGCCGCUUCCUGAUGGGACCCGGCUGAGCCUGGGAGCCUCCCAGCCGACCACGAAGGACGCUGAGCACCAUGUGCUUCUUUCAGACGCGGGGAGGGGAAUGGGAGAAUAAAGGACGUCCUUAGCAGCC